AUGUGGCUCCGGCCCACGGUCAAGUACAUCCCAGCCCAGCCCGGCCCGGCCCGGCCCAUGGUGGGUGGCAGCGUGGCCCAGGGGCAGAACCGUCAACCGGUGCCGACCAGCCACAGCCAGCCUGCGGCCACCAAGAGCCGGAGGCAGAGAGAGCAGAGACAGAGAGCGAUAAGCAGAGAGAGCUCCUCAUCCGCCUGCUCCCUAUAUAUAAUCCCCAAUUUCGUCUCCCAGCAUAUAAAGCCUCCCGAUUUCGAACCCCCCAUCCCCUCCCCUCCCCCCCACUCCUCUCCCCCGAUCCGCACCCUCACCCCGCUCCAGGACCCGCCGGAUCUCGCCGCCAGGACCGUCGUCGACCCGCAGCCACCGCAGGUGAUUCCCCUCUCCGUCGCCCCUUCGAUUCCGUCCCGCAGAUCAAAUCGCUGCCCGCUGUGUUGCUCUGUCGCCGGCUUCUGCUCCGUCCGGGAUCAGCCCUGCCCGCCGGAAUGGGCUGGGCCGCCGCCCCCGGGGCCUCCCGCUCUGCUUUUCUAG